AUGCUUCCAAAAAUGGGUAUUGAAAGGUGUAAAUUGUUAUAUAUGGAAACAGACAGCUUUAUAUAUGAAUUGAAAUGUGAUGAUGCAUAUGAAGAAGUUAUGAAGGCUGAUCUCUCUCAAUUUGACACAUCUGAAUAUGCUCCAGAUAAUAAAUAUAAUAUGCCACUAGUCAAUAAAAAAAAGUUGGGUUCAUUAAAAGAUGAAGCAAAUGGGAAAAUCGUUACUAAUUUCGUAGGACUACGUUCGAAAAUGUAUGCAUAUAAAGUACAAAAUUUCAGAGUACAACGUACUAUCCGUUCAUAUGCCCACAAUGUGUUUAGCAUUCAACAAUCAAAAAUUGCUCUGAGUCCCAAAGAUGAUAAACGGUAUUUGAUUCUAGGUUCGUUUAACACAUUGCCAUGGGUCAUACACAGGCAAAAGAGUAAUUUUUUCAUGUAA